AUGAGUGAAGAAGCCGCUCAUAUUCUUGCCUACGGGUUACCUCAACAUGUUGCCACUAUUUCCACCUCUCAGCAAGCCUCUCCCCUUCCAACAUUCUUACUACCACUGACAUUGCCGGACGUUCUUCAGGCCUCUAAGUUCAUUAUUCUGAAAGCAGGCAAUAUGGAUAGAGAAUUAGAUAGAAUAACCAACGGCCAAAAACAUCGCCGCUCAACCAGUCAGCCUCAACGCCUCACGGCCCUCACCCAGGUCAGACUCUUGGUUCUUCACUUCUUCCAAGUUCCAAUUAUCAAGUGUUUCUCCAGUGGCUUAAUUGUUGACAUUGUAAGAAUUUUUAGUUUGCAGAGAAGACCAAGAAAGACAUUCUUCUAUUCUUCAAACGUUAUGAUCCUCUUGGGCAGGAGAUACGCUAUGUUGGACGACUUUUUGUUAAAGCCAGUAGCAAGCCACUUGAAAUUUUGACAAAGGUCAAUGAAUUAG